GUGGCGUUGUAAAGUAUUAUUGUUAAAAAAAAAAAUAAUAAAAAUAUACACAUACUCAUUUGUUAACUAUUUUGUCAGCUGAUUGUCGCGUUCUUCAAUUAUAAUUUUACAAAUAAUUAAACUAUUGAUAUAUCAGUAACUUCUUUAAAUCAAAUGAUUAAAAGAGUUUACUUACAAAAUAAAAAUUUAUGUAGCAUUUAUCACCAAAUAAAAAAAAAUAUGAGUUUAUUAAGUGAAAAACCAAUAGAAAAUUCAAUCAGAACUAAAUUGGAAAAAGGAUUAGAGCCAUCGUAUUUAGAAAUUUUAAAUGAGUCAUACAUGCAUAAUGUACCUAAAGGCUCAGAGACUCAUUUCAAAGUUUUAGUAGUUUCAGAUAAAUUUCAAAAUGAACCUCUGAUUAAGCGUCAUCGAAUGGUCAAUGAAUUAUUAGAAACUGAAUUAAAAACCGGCGUUCAUGCAUUAUCAAUUGUCGCGAAAACUCCAGCUCAGUGGGAAGAAAGUGUUAAAACAGUUUCACCUAGUCCAACAUGUAGAGGAGGAUUUGGAAAAUAAUCAUCAAGUAUAUAGAAAAAUUUUUUAACUUCGAUUGUUGUACAUACGAUGCUUUUGUCAAUAAAAUUUAUUUUAAGUCAAUAUAAA